AUACAGUAUAAAAUAAACCUUUUUCCCAGCACAUUUACGCAAGAUAACUGAUAUAAAAAAAUUAUCUAAAAAAUUCUGAUCCACCAAUAAGCUUCUCUAUAUAUUUACUACGCAUCAAUUUACCUAAUCAUGUCCAGUUUGUCAUUGCUCAACUCUUCUGGAAGCAUACCAUUUUUGGUUUUAACCGCUGUUUUUUUGUUCGUUAGUCCAGCGAUAUUCGUAGGGAUCGUCACCAUCUAAAACAAAAGAUCUCUAAUGAACUCUCCGCACGUGUCAUCAAAAUUGUCAACGAUCUUGGUAUACUAAAUAAUAUACCGGAAAUCGGAAAGAGGCCACUUCAUGACCAGAUCUUUACUGAACUUAAUGAUAAAUUUGUCACAUGUAUUUCCGAUAUUAAUCCUACUUUCACUGCAAAGCUCGGCAGAAUCAAUAAUGAUCUUAAUAAUAAAUUUAACGAAGAAUAAACUUACCAUGGAAGCCGAAAAAAAAAACAAGGCACAAGCCUGCCGUAAUGAAUUUGGCAGAAUUAAUGUUGUUAUCGAAAAUCUCCAAAACGAAAUAAAUCAACAUUACACAAUAGUUCAAAGAUCCAAUUUUGACCAACAAAGUGUGUCCAAUGAAUCUGAAGCUAAUUCGACCAAUGAAUCUGAAACUAAUUCGCGAGGCUCUUCAAGUAAUUCAUCUCCAAGCUCUUCUUCUGGGAGUUCCAAUUUAUUUGGAAUUUUAGAUAUUACUUCAGACAUUAAAAUUCGCUUUAAACAACACUUUGAUCGACUUAUGAAGGCGAGGAAUUAUACUUUUGAUGAGAU